CCAAAGUCCGGACCAUGAGUGGGCUCUUACAAGCUAAAGGCAUUCGUCUACCGCUAAUCGUUAUCAAAAACACCUGUGCUUUCGGGUCUCUGUCCUGGUCCUUGUUAAUAACCGUCGGUCGCAACGAACGCGCCGGGACGUUCGAUUGCAGCUGGUCGAAAGAGUUUUUUCACGGGUGUGAGAAGAUAAUCGUAUGCAACUUCCCGGCAUGGCCAGUUAUUGCCACAGCAGCGAUGGAGAUAAUGCUGCGGGAUGCGACGCUGCCGGCAGCCGAGAAAGCCUUUUUGCGAGAUACUAAGCUGUUUCGGCAGGAGCUCAAGACCGAUGUUAUCGUUCCCUCCGUGCGUUUCCGUUCCAGCGACUCACCGUUGGACCGGUGGCGUUGUUUACUGACCGCGGCCAACGCCACCUGCACGCAUGUCUCUCAACGGAUAAAGGACAAGGUCACUUCUAUGCAUAGUCGCUGGGUGCAGAUGUUGGCCUAUCCCGACGAAUGGACGAGCAUCCGUAUCUUACUUAGGCUGUUUGAGACUUUUCGCCCGACUGACAACCCGAAGCGCUGGGACACAAUGGAUCUGCGCCAGCUGGAUAUUUGCGCUUGCAGCCAGGUGACCCUGAAAGCUCUAGAUGGAUGUUAUAAAGAUUAAAGAUGCAAGCAGCGUUUAAUAACUUUCUUUUGGGGUGCUCGGCUCUGUGGGCCCACUAAAUAUUACCGAGCUGUACGAAUGCGAUAGUUUGUUUCCGGCGUGUCCCUACUCUCACGGUUCGGUUUUAAAUUUUAUAAUUCUGUAACUUUUUCAAACAGGAGAUCUAUUCAGUUACGGUAUUCAGGCGUGUAUGUUCUUUUUGCCGCUGCUUUGUUUCGGUUUUACAUGGGUUGAAAAUUUAGAAUCUUAAGUACACUGCU